AGGGGUGGAAGAGGGAAGGAUCAGCUGAUUUUGGUGUGAUAUCGAUAGUGACGCCAAAGUGAAGCUACCAAAAUGUCGCAAGUUGAGCAAUUGCAUCUGAAAUCCCCGCCAGAAACAGUUGGAGCAGGAGACGCAGCUGGAUCUCCCCAAGCAGCCGCUGCGCUGGCCGUGGCAGCCGAUGCCAACGAAACGGAGCUUAUGGUGAAGGUGGUCAUGGGCAUGGGCUAUCCGGAGGGCGAGGCUCGCCUGGCGCUGGCCCAGAGCAACAACAACGUGCAGCGGGCGGUACAGAUCUUGGUGGAGGGCAUGGAUGAUGGCGAGUCGCGCAAGAGGCGUGGCAAUCGCAAGCGUUUGAGGCAACUGCGCAGCCACCUCAUGGGGGAUCCACUAGCCACCGAUGACGCCAUCGUCGAGAUGAUGCGGGAUCAAAGGAUUGCACAGGCGCUGGCCGAGCUGGUGAAUGGCAGCAGUGUGCAGGUCAUGGAACUGCUGCUGGCCGAGGAAGAGGAUGAGCUGGAGGAGGAGCAGGAGCAGCUGGAAACCAGCCUGGAGCAGACAUCCUCAUCUGCCGAAAGCUCGCCGCACAGCAACUGAUGGGAAACCAGAUGUUAGUACUGCUUACUGCAAUAAGUAGAUUCUUAUUUAUGGAUUUAUGAGAUUAUGUUAAAAGUUAUCAUGGAAAUCUUGGUUCUAGUUGUCAUUCCUUUUAUUUUGUCUUAUGCUAUCACUGCAUUAAGGAUUUGGUUUGCACUUAAAGUAUUUAAACUUUUUUAUACAUUCAAGCCUUUUUUAAAUAUUUGCUAAGUGCCAUAAAGUAAAAAGUAUACCUAUUUAAUAUUUCAGUUUUUAAUUGUGUAACUUCAUGAGAUUUGAAGUAAAGAUACUUGUAUGAUGAUAGUGAACUUGAAUGAUGGUUGUUCCCUUUUGGGACUCCUUUUGCUUGGAACUCUUAAUCCAUGUUUCUUUUAAUAAGAAUGCUAAUCUCAAACAGCAUUUAGAUAUAAUGUUUUUAAGAACCAAACAAUUGGUUUAUUCAUUUGUACUUGCUGCUCAAUUCAGUGACAUUUUAUAUUGUUAAUUAAGAGUAGUAUGUAUGUAUAUAAAACCAGAGCAGUUCGAGGAUGAUGUUACCUGAUGUGCUGGUCCCUGAAACGUUUUUGGUUCACCCCCAGCCAUCGGGAGACAUUAAAUGCAUUAGGGCCACCCAGGCCAUUUAUC